AUGCUCAAGUUCGACGAGGUUCAAAAACACAACUCGCGCGAGUCGUGCUGGGUGGUGGUGCACGGCAACGCGUACGACGUGACCGAGUUCCUCCCCGACCACCCGGGCGGAGCGGGCAUCAUCCUCAAGUAUGCCGGCAAGGACGCCACGGAGGAGUACGACCCCAUCCACCCGCCCGGUACGCUCGAGGAAAAUCUGCCCAAGGAAAAGUGUCUCGGCCCCGUAGACCCCUCGACGAUCAAGAAGGAGGAGAAGGUGGAGAAGAAGCAGGUGGUCAAGGAUGAGGGGGGCGUGCCGCCGCUGUCGCAGUGUCUCAAUCUGUACGACUUUGAGGUGAUCGCAAAGAGGGUGCUUAAGCCGACGGCUUGGGCGUACUACUCGAGCGGUGCCGAUGACGAAGUCACCAUGCGCGAGAAUACCUCGGCGUUUGGAAGGAUCUGGUUCCGACCCAGGAUUCUCAGGGACGUCAGCAAGGUCGAUUUCUCCACCUCGCUGCUUGGUCAGAAAUCCACCCUGCCGGUCUACAUCACCGCCACCGCCCUCGGCAAGCUGGGCCACCCCGAUGGAGAGAAGAACUUGACCGUGGCGGCGGGUAAAGAGGGUGUGAUUCAGAUGAUCCCCACGCUGGCCUCGUGUUCGUUUGACGAGAUUGUGGCCGCCAAGACGCACGAUGCCCAGGUGCAGUUCAUGCAGCUCUACGUCAACUCGAACCGCGCCAUCACCGAAAACAUCAUUGCCAAGGCCGAAAAGGCGGGCAUCAAGGGGCUUUUCGUCACCGUCGAUGCGCCCCAGCUCGGACGCAGGGAGAAGGAUAUGCGCAUGAAGUUCGACGAUGUCGGCAGCGAUAUGCAGAACCAGAACAAGGACAACGUGGAUCGAUCCCAGGGCGCAGCACGCGCCAUCUCGAGCUUCAUCGACCCCUCGCUCAGUUGGGACGACCUCACCUGGUUGCGAUCGGUCACCAAAAUGCCGAUUGUGCUCAAGGGCGUUCAGACGUGGGAAGACGCCGUACGUGCCGCCGAACUCGGUCUGAGCGGUGUGGUGCUCUCCAACCACGGCGGUCGACAACUCGACUUUGCGCGCUCCGGUAUCGAGGUGCUCGGCGAAGUGGUCGAAGCGCUCAAGGCCAAGGGACUCUUCCCCAACCCCAUGUUCCAGAUCUUUGUCGACGGCGGUAUUCGCCGCGCCAGCGAUGUCCUCAAGGCCGUAGCUAUGGGUGCUACAGCCGUGGGUAUCGGUAGGCCGUUCUUGUAUGCCUACUCGGCGUACGGAAGCGAUGGUGUCGUGCAUGCGUUGCAGCUGCUCAAGGCCGAGAUGGAGAUGAACAUGCGGCUGCUCGGCGCGCCUACGCUCAAGGACGUCGUGCCCGAGAUGGUGGAUGCCAGGGCUCUGGGAACGCACGUCAACUUUACGCCCGUGUCGCAUGGACACCAGAUCUACGAAAAGCUCCAGACUGCGGUGGGCAUGCCCGGCGAACCGGCCAACAAGCUUUAG